UCUUCAUCUUCAUCUUCAUCUUCAUCUUCAUCUUCAUCUUCAUCAUCUUCAUCUUCAUCUUCAUCUUCAUCUUCAUCAUCUUCUUCAUCUUCAUCUUCAUCAUCUUCUUCAUCUUCAUCUUCAUCUUCAUCUUCAUCAUCUUCUUCAUCUUCAUCUUCAUCUUCAUCUUCAUCAUCUUCAUCUUUAUCUUUAUCUUUAUCUUUAUCUUUAUCUUUAUCUUCAUCUUCAUCUUCAUCUUCAUCUUCAUCUUCAUCUUCAUCUUCAUCUUCAUCUUCAUCUUCAUCUUCAUCUUCAUCUUCAUCUUCAUCUUCAUCUUCAUCUUCAUCUUCAUCUUCAUCUUCAUCUUCAUCUUCAUCUUCAUCUUCAUCUUCAUCUUCAUCAUCUUCAUCAUCUUCUUCAUCUUCAUCUUCAUCUUCAUCUUCAUCUUCAUCUUCAUCUUCAUCUUCAUCUUCACCUUCACCUUCAUCCUCCUCCUCCUCCUCCUCUUCCUCUUUCUCCUCCCCCUCCUCCUCCUCCUCCUCCUCCUCCCCCCCCUCCUCCUCCUCCUCCUCCUCCUCCUCCUCCUCCUCCUCCUCCUCUUCCUCCUCCUCCUCCUCCUCCUCCUCCUCCUCCUCCUCCUCCUCCUCCUCCUCCUCUUCCUCUUCCUCUUCCUCUUCCUCUUCCUCUUCCUCAUCAUCAUCAUCAUCAUCAAGCUUGGGGCCCAGCUACAACACUCAGAAGGUCGGAUUCGGACCGCGGGCCGACAGUUGA